CCCACCACCCCGCAAUGCCAUCUGACCCAUUCCCGCCGCCACCUGCGCCACUCCCGACCACUGACCGCGUCGAGCUCAAGCUCCCGCCCCUCGAAGACCGGCCGUACCGCUAUGUCGCCCUCCCCAACGGCGUUGAGGCCAUCGUCAUCAGCGACGAGGACGCUCACAAAGGGGCUGCCUGCCUCCUUGUCGAGGCGGGGACUAUGAACGACCCGCCUGACCUUCCUGGCUGCGCGCAUCUAUGCGAGCGUGUGAUCAUCCACGGUUCGAAGAACUUCCCCGACCCGGACAGCUUCAAGAAGUACAUUGACAAACAUGGCGGCUCGCACUCGGCCGGCCCGCAGCGCGCCUACACAGAGCACCGCUUCGAUGUCGCAUCCGAUGCCCUGUACGGUGCUCUGGCGCGUGCGGCAGACUUUGUGAUCAAUCCCCUGUUCUCCGAGGAUCGAGUCGAGCGCGAGGUGGCGGCAAUCGAGUCAGAAUUCAAGCAGAGUCUCAACAAUGACGACGUGCGCACCUCGAUCCUGCUUGGCAGCCUGGCGCGGUCCGGCCACCCUUUCAACCACUUCAACAGAGGCAACCGCGACACGCUGUGGACUACUCCCAAGGCUGCCGGCCGGAACCCGCGGGAUGAGCUUGCAUCGUGGUGGAAGGCCAAUUCCUGUGCCAGGCGCAUCAAGCUUGUCGUUGCGGGCCGCGAGGACGUCGACACGCUGCAGGCAUGGGUCGAGGAGCUGUUCGGCCCUGCCCAAGUUGUCACUGAGGGCAUGCCCCCGACGGGGCCCAACGGUGUGUACCGUACCUAUGGGUCUCCAUUCGGGGCGAACGAAGUCGGCAAGGUGGCCUUCAUGCAGACUCUUCAAGACACGCGGAGGUUGCAGAUCCACAUCCCUGUGCCCGACGACAGGCACAUGCACCUCACUAGGCCAUUUGACUUCGCCAUUCUCGCACUGAGCUACAUGGGCAAGGGGUCGAUUACGUCCAAGCUGAGGCGCAAGGGCUGGAUAACAGAGUUGUGGUGCUAUGAGUUGAACAACAUUCCCGGCUCUGGCCUGGUUGAAAUCGACAUCCGCCUGACGUCGGAAGGGCUGGAGAACUGGGCCGAGGUGGUCCGAUCCAUCUUCACCGCCAUCAACGUCCUCAAGGCCAAUACCAAUGAUCUCGGUACGCUCUUUGACGAGCAGCGCCGGCUUCUUGACUUGGCCUGGACUGUCACACCCAAGCUUCCAUCCCAUUAUGCUGUGUGGACCACCGCCGUGCGACUCCGGUACCCAGUCCCGCGUGACCUCGUCAUAUCAUCUGAGAGCUUGUACGGCCACUUUGAUCCAGACUUGGUGGAGGCGGCUCUCGGGCACUUGAAGCUCGAAGACUCUGUGGUGUUGAUCAGUUCGCAGCACCUCCCGACCAAUGUGAGCGGCUCGUACGACAAGACCGAGCCAAUCUACGGCACACUGUACACUACCCGCCCCUUGGAUGAGCUUGUUUCCACCGCCGAUCUCGACGACCCCGAUCUGCACCUACCCUCGCCCAACCCAUACAUCCCAAAGCGCUGGGAUGUGCCGACAGCGGACGCACACGAUGGCCCUCCGCGGCUAUUGUCCGACACUCCAGUCUCUCGCUUGUGGUACAAGCAGGACCUCAAGGACAGGCCGAUAGCGAAUGUCAAGCUCAAGCUAGCAUCCCCCAGUGCCUUCGGAACACCCCGUGCCGCGGUGCUGAGCGAGUUGUUCGCCCACCUGUUCGCCAAUGCAACCGCCGAAGAAGAAGAUGAUGCGGGUCUGGCGGGACUAAGGAUCGACACAGGGCCACAGCAUGGCCAAGGGUACUAUGAGCUGGACGCCCACGGUCCCAGCGAUACGAUCGGCGUGCUUGUAGUUCGGUUUGUGGGCCACCUGCGCGACUUUGCUCUGGACGAUUCAGCCGCCUUCGCCGGAGCUACUGAAGAGCUCAAGGCCCGCUAUACAAACUUCGCCAUCAGUACGCAGCACGCGGUCGCAUGUGUGCGAGCAGAUUAUGCGGUUCAAAAGGGAGCGUGGACGGAGCAAGAUAAGCUGCGGGCUCUCGAAGGCCUCACGCUAGCUGAUGUCGAGGCCUUUCGACGUACGCUCCUCGACCGGCUCCAUAUUGAAGCCCUCGUAUGCGGGAGCAUUGAAGCGAAGGACGCGCAGAAGCUUCUCGCCGACGUCGAGCAGAUCCUGCACCCCGAACCGCUUGAUGCUGCUGAGGUCCAAGGGCCGCCUGCAUCUCUACUCAUCCCCGAGGGCUACGAUGGCAUCUGGGAACGACCCUCAGCUUUGCCCGCUGACGACCAGACCAACGUCGUCGUGUAUACCCUGUACGCCGAGCACGGGGCGGACGAUGUCAAGUCCCGUACGCUUGUCGCGCUUCUGCACGAGAUCACCAAGGCUCCCUUCACGGACACGUUCGCCGACGAGCAGCUGGGUCACCUUGUCAAGGUGCGAGUUUCCGCGGUGCAAGGCUCGCUUGUCCGUUUCCUAGUCGCCAUUCAAUCGGAGCGGGACCCCUCGUUGCUCGAGAGUCGCGUCACCCAGUUCCUCGACGACACCCUUGGGAAGCUCCUACGCGACCUGUCCGCUGAAGAUUUGGCAACCCACGUUGAAAGCGUCGUUUCAGGACUCCAAGAAUCGACCGCAUCCCUUUAUUCUGAAGCGCGGGAGCACUGGGCGCGCAUCACGGACGGGUACUACGACUUCGACCGUCGCGCCACCGAAAUCGCGCAGCUGCGCGGCACAACGAAGGACGAAUUGUUGGCCUUUUACAAUAGCGCGAUUCACUCGAGCUCCAAGACGCGUCGUAAGCUAUCGGUGCGUAUUCGCAGCCAGGGUCUCGAGCCGGACCCGCAGGGCGAGGCCACGUACAUCACCGACAUUGCCGCCUGGAAGGACAACUUGGUCGCCGCCGAGCGCGCCGUGCCAGUCAGGCCACUGGUGGUCGAGACGGGACGCGUUUCAAGGGUCUUAUAGAUAACUAGCGUCACGGGGGGUGGUGCGCAGUUUGGAUGGACAUGGCACGCUAUAUAAGCACAGGAACGCUGGUGCAGACGGGCCGUGUCGGCUGGCUCGGGCGGCGUCUGUGGAGGCUCCGGCACCAGUACUGUGCAUCCCUUUACGUGGGCCCCUCGCAAUGGACAAGACGUCCUGGACCCCGCUCUGCAUCCCCGCCGCCUGCAGCACAGCGUGUCCCGGAAUUGGAGGCAUGGGUGUCGUAUUUCAGGGCCCGAACCGAACAUGCAUGCUGACAUUCCGCCGAAGGAGCCAUCGUUGAAAUGCGACCUGGUGGCAGCGGCGUUUCCGUUGACCGCACCGCACCGCAUGUUAAACCAUCCGGUAACAUUAGGCAAUGGCAUCGUCUGCGCAUACGAGGUCCACGUCCACCCCAAGUAUAGCUGGGUUUCGGCUCUCGUCUCCGAGACGCGCCGGCUAUCUACUGCUCACUAGCUGUCUAGCUGGGUCCAGUGUCUCAAACUAGGCUACAUAAAAAUGUUCGGUG